CACCUUCUACCCCUGCAGUCUCAUCUCACCUUUCCAGGGUCGGUAUCUGCUCUUGCUCGAUCCACCCCAGCCUGUCUUUAUCUAUCCCCACGAUCAUUCCUCAUGAGUGACGACAACAACGCAACGGGCAGUUACUGGAUCGUCUUCCGUGUGGGCUGAGUGCUGGCGUGGUGUUGCGUGCUAUGCCUAUGGACAUCUACGAUAUCUCACCUAUUUAACACCGAUUUUCCUCACCAUCUAAACCUCCGCUCAACAGACAUUUCCCCUCCUCUCCUCGCGCGUAUCUAAACCUCACGCCAUGGGUCGAGAACCGAGCCAUCGGCGCCGUCCCUACCCGGCCAUCCUGUCGCGCCGAGUGACCAGCAUCCUGGCCCUGAUCCUCUUCCUGGUGGUGGGCGCCUCCGUCUUCAAGGACCAGCUGGGCUCCGGCCCGUUCGACCCCUCGUCCCUGUAUCACCUCCACUCCAAGCACGGCCCCGACUUCUGGGACUGGGAGACCACCACCCGCUUCCCGCGCGUGCAGAGCACCCUCCUCGACGAAGACCAGCUCUGCGACGCGUUCCCCUCCUACCUCCUCUCGCGCAUCCAGGUCGUCCUGAAGAUCGGCGCCUCCGAACCCGCCGAUCGCGUCGACGCGCAAAUCGCCAGCGUCACUCGCUGCAUCCCGAACCUCAUCAUCGUCUCCGAUCGCGAGUCGCACAUCAAGGGCCAUCGCGUGCACGACAUCCUGGCCUCCCUCCCCCUGUCCUUCCGCGCCAACACCUCCGAUUUCGACGCAUACGAGGCCCUCCAGCGGGGUGACGACCGCCUCGUCGGAGGCCCCCAGGGCUGGCGACUCGAUCGCUUCAAGUUCCUGCCGAUGGUGGAGCGCGCGCACGAGAUCAACCCCACCGCGGACUGGUUCGUCUUUCUGGAAUCGGACACCUACGUGGUGUGGGAUAACAUGUUCCGCUUUCUGGACCAGUUCGACCCCCAGGUCCCCCACUACAUGGGCUCCCCGUCUCCCGGUCGGCAACUGAGCGAGAAGGAGAUCUCGUAUUUCGCGUACGGCGGGUCGGGCUUCGUCCUGUCCACGGCGGCGGUGCAAAAGCUCGUGUUCCGGGAGAUCGGACCCCACGGGGAGUACAUCCAGCCGCCCCUGAGCCAGCAGUAUGAGGAGCUGAUCAAGGCGGACUGCUGUGGGGAUUCGAUCCUGGGCUGGGCGCUGCACGAGAAGGGCGUGCCGGUGUCGGGAUACUGGCCCAUGUUCAACCCGCACCCACUGCAUGGGAUCCCGUUCGACGACGCCUACUGGUGCCAGCCCGUCAUCAGCAUGCACAAGACCAUGUUUUCCGACAUGAUGGGGUUGAUGCGAUGGGAGAAUCAACGCGAUCGCACGCGCCCGUUGCUGUACGCCGACUUGCUGGAGUAUCUGAAGCUGGGGACGGUCGACCACAUGGCGGACUGGGACAACGGCGACUGGGGCGGCUGGCAGGAACCCCCGGAGUCGCCGGCGCACGGCUCCUUCGACGCGUGCCGGGCCGCCUGCCACGACAACGCCCUUUGUCUGAGCUUCACGUACGACUCGUCGGGGCACUGCGUGUUCGUUCGGACGAUGCGCCUGGGGGCCAAGAAGAAGCUGGGGGAUUCGACGGUGCGGCUGUCCUCGGGGUGGGAUCUGGAGAAGAUCCAAACGUGGCGAGCGUCGCACCAGUGCGAGAAAGCGAUGUGGGUGAAGCCCAGCACGAAGCGAAUCUUUUAGAGCGGAGGAGCGAGCGAGUUCUUGUGUGUGUUGCUUUUUGCUAAUGGCGUCCGGACUGGCCGGUGGGCGGUUGGUUUCUCAUGUUUUGACGAAUGUAAAUAUGAUAGAGAUACCUCAGAUCAUGCCACCUUAAUGAUAGAUAAUUAAUCGCGGACCUUGCUUUGGCUGGCUGAGUGAGGGAAUGA